AGUUCUGCGUCUCCAGGUGCUGCGCGCUCCCUGUGGCAGGCUGGCCUUCGCUGCCGCUUCUUCCCUUCUCCGGCGUGGAAGACCGUAUAGGACCGUGCUCAGGCCAUAGCAAGAAACAGCUAGCUCCUCUUGCUGUUCCUAGUCCCUGGACUGACACCCCGCUUGGGCGCCAAGAUUCCAAUCCCAUUCCCCUUCCCCAGUAAAUUAGUCCUUCCUUGCAGGUGAGUCUAGUGACCUCAGGCUCCAAAAAGUUUGGAACUGAAUUUCCUCUAAUGUCUACUCCAAGGUCUCUGGAACUUGAGAUUCCUGAAGAGCUGCCCUAAGGACUCCGCGGAUCGUCAGACUCUGUGCGUACCUCUCUCCAAAUUUGAGGAUUCCUUACCUAUCUCCUCAAACUCACUACAGUUCAACGUGUCAUGGUUUCCAAACCCAGGAAUGAAUGGAGCACUGCCCUGUCCCACCUGGUGUUGGCAGGGGUGUCUCUGCAUGCAGCGGUGAGCUCUGUACAGUCCAGUCGAGGAGCAGCUGCUGGCUUCCUGCUGCAGACCUUAGCCGCCGUCAUUAUGUUGGCCCCAGAGCUGAACACACAUGAAGACUGUCUUGCUGGAGCUUGGGUUGCCACAGUCAUCGGUCUGCCUCUUCUGGCCUUUGAUUUUCACUGGGUGAAUGGGGACCGCUCUUCUGCCAACCUGCUUCUGGGAGGAGGCAUGGUGCUGGCAGUGGCUGGUGACCACCUUGGCCCUGAAGGAUGCUCUGUAGCUGGGCAGGCAGUACUGCUGGUGGUUGCAGUGACCAUCCUCAUUGUAGCUGUUUUCACAGCCAACACUUAUGGGAUGUGGGGGGGUGCCAUGCUGGGUGUGGCGGGCCUCUUGAGCCGGCUGGAAGAGGACAGGCUGCUACUGCUGCCAAAGGAGGAUGUCUGUCGUUGGGCCCUGGCUGCAGGUAGUUGGGCCUAUUGCCGGGCCUUGCACACACAGCGCCUGCAGUGGGAGUGACUGUGACACUGACAGCAACUCAGUGCUUCUGUGCCAGGUACUACUACUACCCCUCCUACCAGCCCACAUGUAGAGGCCCUCUCUCCUUGGGAUAAGCUAUCCUUCCUCUUAAAGCGAGCCUUUCUAGUUUCACUAAUGGGGCAAAACAUUCCUUCUCUGGUCAUGCAUGUGUGGAAGCUUACUUAAAUUAGAAGGCAAAGAACAGGUUUUAGGACACUUGGGGCCUGAUUCUGGGGGGAACAUGGUUGUGAGUCAGAGGCCCGAUUUCCAAUAAACAUUAGGAAUAUACAGGA